CAAGACUCCAUUCCCUUCUUUAAUUUCCAUCUCCUAAAACAUGUGUAAGUUGCUCCAUAUACCCACCAAGACCACAACUCCACAAGGUGAUAUUAACAAAGAUAGUGAAGAAGAAAAUAUGGAAGGUUUUAGCAUGUUGCUACUGUACCUUUCUCUCGUGAACAAUGCAGCAGUCUCUAUUGCAAGAGACACUAUUGAUAGAGUACAAUUUCUGAGCGAUAAUGGUGAGACCAUAGUUUCAGCUGAUGAAACCUUUGCACUAGGGUUUUUUAGCCCUGGAACUUCUAAGAAUCGGUAUGUCGGAAUUUGGUAUAACAAAGUUCCAAAACAGAGUAUAGUAUGGGUUGCCAACAGAAACAAGCCCUUAACUAACUUAUCGGGGGUCCUGAAGGUCAUGGACAACGGAAUCUUAGUUCUUCUUGAUCGUAACAACAAUAAUGUCACCAUCUGGUCCUCUAAUACAACUUCAUCAGCAACACAGGAUCCAAUUGCAAAGCUUUUGAAUUCAGGAAAUCUUGUAGUGCGUGAGAGAAGCAAUGGUGAUGAUGAGUCCAAAGGUUUUUUGUGGCAGAGUUAUGACUAUCCAUCCGAUACAAUGCUACCUGGACAAAAGCUAGGGAGAAAUUUGGUUACUGGUCUAAACCGGUACCUAAGAUCAUGGAACAACUCUAACGAUCCAUCUUACGGUAGAUAUAGUUUACAACUUGAUAUAGAUGGAUGUCCACAGCUUAUGAUCCGAGACGGCGCAACCAAAAGCAUUCGCAUCGGAUCAUGGAACGGCGUUCAAUUUAGCGGACAAGCAGCGGUGGCUAAAAAAACCUCCAUAGUUAAAUAUAACUAUGUUUCCAACGAGGAAGAAGAAUAUGCUACUUAUGAGCUUAUCAACUGUGAACCAACUAUAUGCCUUCAGAUCUCACCCUCUUCUACUCACACCUUACACUCCUCUAUAUAGAAUUAAUUAGGCAGUUAUUUCUUCCUGUUAAGUAACUGCUUGUUGUUGUAUUUAUGCCAAGUAGGAUAGUUAGUUAGUGACAUUCACUCUAUAUAUAUAGUUAAACCUGUAACAUUUGUAAUUGAGAUUCACUAAUCAAGUUUUCACUCUCUGCAAUUCACAUCAAGAAUUCAGAGCUCAGAAACUCUCUUCCCUUGUUCUUGAAUGUUCAGUGUUCAUCCCUUAUUGCUCAUAGCUCGAACCGCUUUUCACAUGGUGCGGUGAGCGUGGAGUAAGGUUGAAGAACUUGAACUGUUGGUGAAGAGUUAGUGAAUCCAUACCUCAUCGAUCUCUAAUCGAUCUCUUCCUCCUUUUCAAUCACGGUGAUUUUUUUCUCUUCUUGAUUCGAUUUGAUCGAUCUCUUUCUCCUUUUCAAUCAAGGUGAUUCUUUCUCUUCUUGAUUCGAUUUGAUCAUCUAUUCGAUUUCUGGCACUCAAAAUCUUGAUCAAGAACUCCUCUCUCCUUUCAAUUCUCGAUCAAUGGCUAAUCGUCCACCAAAUCCGGUUCCCGAUGCGACAAUUUCCGGAAUCGAUCUUCAAACCCUAGCGAGUCUGGUUAGUCAACAAAUCAAUCAGACUCAAUCACCAAGAACUCAUGCCUCUUCAAUCGUAGAUCCG